AUGGCUAAGGACACUCAUUCGCAGUCCAUGCCCGUUGGUGGCCAGAAUGAGGGCGAAGACGACGUGUUCUGGUCGGCCCCCCACGAUGACUGGAAGCCCGCGCCUAUUCCAGAGAUCGCUUGCGACUCAUGCAACAAGCUCCCCGGCGCCCAGGCCGUUCAUCAGACCUGCAACAAGUGCGGAAUCACUGUCUGCCGCGGCUGCGUUGCUGACGGCAAGAUCUCGCGUUUUCCAUCCCACGUGCCCCAUGAGGUUGGCGAUUUCAGCUGGGCGAAGGCCUCAUCCUCGAACCAGCCCGCCACGACCUUGGAUUCCGCCGGCGGCUCGCUCGCUCGUGGUCUGCCAUCUGCUGCCAUCCCCAUCCUGCGCGGUCCCGCCACCACGCUUGCUGCUUCGUCGACCAAGGGCAAUUCUUCUGCCACCAAGAGCUCUUCGAAGAAGGGCGACAAGGCCUUUGGAAAGGACUCCGCCAGUCAUCUGACGCAGACGACCAUCGCAUUCGACAACAAUUCGUUCCUCACUCUCUCUACCCCCACCAAGGUGAAGAAUUCUUCUGAAAACGCUCAGAUUCCUUCUCCCGCGAAAGGCAAGAAGUCCAGGAAGCCCAGAAAGAAGAACAAGAAGAAGGGCAAGAAGAUCUCUCACGGUUCCGAUUCCGAUUUCGCCGAGAUGGAUGCUCCUUCGAACAAAUCUUCGGACAAGGAGUACGUCCCUCCCGCAGAGAUCAGUCGCAAGCGCUCUACCCCUUCCCUUGGUCUCAAGAAGGGUAAUAACCAAGUCGACAACGUCGCCACCGACGCCAACAUCGCUCCCAUCGGUCUGGCUCAAUCCCGUCCCGUUCGCGCCGCGGCCAUCAACACGUACGAGAAGAUGCGUAACGCCAACGUCAAGAAGGAGCCAGAGGCCCUGGAUGAGAUCAUUGUCUCCAAUGUCCCGGAGGUGAAGAAGACUCAUCCCCCCAAGGAAGACCUUAUCGUUCCGACCAAUGCUGGUCAGAAUGCGCGUCUCGGCCACCGCGAUUCGUCUUUCAAGAACAUCCAGGACUAUGGCUAUGCCCAGCAGGGUCAGGUUCAGGGCGGCAGCGCCUAUCUCUACGCCCCCCAGUACGGCGAGGGCUACCGUCACCGCGGCCUGCCUCAGCUUCACCCCGGUGCCGCCUACAAGGCCAAGACCUCUCACGCUGGCGAGGCUCAAGUCACCCAGUCUCACACUGUCGCCAGCCCUGCGACCGAUAACAAGCGUGGUGCGGCUACGGCCGAGCAGGCUCCGGCGUCCAAGCGCCAAAACACCAACAAGAUGCCUUCUCCCACAUCUAGCAUGAGCUCCAUGUCCGCUGGCACUGCCGGUGUUCCCGAGAAGGCUCAGGCUCAGGCUCCGCUCAAGCCCGUUGCCCCUGUCAGCACCCCCGAGGAGCGCGCGGUCAGCCGCCUCCUUGUCACCACUAACAUUGCCGGCCUCAUGAACGCGAUCCAGAACAAGGUGAAGCUUCACAUUGCCAAAAGUGGUGUCCAGACCCACCAGCAGUAUGAUCUUGUGCUUCGUGAGGUGAUUCACAGUGCGUGGGUCACCAAUAUUGCCUUGACCCAGAUGAAGCGCCAGAACGGGGAGUUGGCUGCGAUUCAGCUCCUGCGCGGCUAUGCCAACGUUAUUACCUCCAACCUCGGCAUUGCUGACGGCUCUCUGACGAAGAAUUGGCUGGAUGGAACUGAUUACGACAUCCAGUCAAAGACUGCUACUGUCCCCAACAGUGUCCGUAUCGAUGAGGUGAAGCCUGUCGCUCAAGAUGGCCUCAAUUAUCCCAUCGAGGGUCGUGAUGUGCACCUUGCCAAUCUCCUGAUGUUCAUGAAGACUGGCGGCGAGUAA